AUGGGAACUUCAUGCCCGGAGCUUGAUCGCUCGCUUCCGUGGCUCCGCGCGAGCCACCUCGCCUCCUCCUCAGUGUACGAAGUGCAUGUGAGCGGCCGCACUGAGGGCCGAGGAGACCCUCAAGGUUUUAGCAGCGCUCGCAAGCGUGUGGCAGCAUUCGUGAAGACAGCCUCCGGUCGCACAGCUAAUGUUUGCUUCUUGAUCUUUAAACAACUUGCAUCCUUCACAAAUAUCGCAUUCACGCACGGCAACCCCUUCGUCCCGCGGCGUCUCGCUUUUGUCGAGCCAUUGUACCAGCUCGAAAGCCGCAAAGACCGGAAUAAGUAA